AUGACUCGAAAAUUUAUAACCGGUUUGCAAAUGCACUUAAUUUUGUUAGCUGUUUGCCCGGAAAAAACAUUUGACGAUGUCAUUGUACUUAGUUUGUUGAACGAGCUGCCUGAGAUAUUUGAGCAGUCGUUGGGCGAAUUUAGUGAGGAAAAUAUUAAGAAUAAUUUUGUACUACUCUACCAGUUGGUGGAAGAACUGAUCGAUGACGGAAUGAUCCAAGUCACGGACAGUGUCGUUUUAAAGAAGUUCAUCAAUCAAUCUAAAGAAACCAGCAACGUUGUCAGCUCCGUCCUCAACACUAGCGUGCCCUGGCGUACUACAGGAAUAGUGCACAGGAAAAAUGAAUUAUUUAUUGAUGUUAUAGAAAAAGUCGAUACAUUGCUUUCUGCGGACGGAUCUGUCAUCCAGAUUCAAGUGGGUGGUUCCAUUUUGCUGAAGUCUUACUUAAGCGGGAUGCCUGAGUUGCAACUGGUGCUGGCUGUUUCGAAACACGUAACUUCACCAACAAUGAUCAAGUCAAACAGACCUAGCAAAAACACUGAAAUGGUUGUGGUGAACGAUAUUUCAAAGAUAAAUGUGUUGGAGGACCUGCGGUUUCACCAAUGUGUGCGCUUAAAUUACUUUACCACAAAAAAAAUAAUUUCGUUCAUACCGCCCGACGGGGAGUUUGAACUACUCAAAUACGAAAUCAACAAAUGCCACGUCAAUUCGCCAUUGUUUUCUGUUGUGAUCAACAUUCCGGAAAAACAUUUAGACCCAGAAGUAGCAACUCAUACUGCCGAUUCCAAACAAGCUUAG